UCAUCAUCCCCAAACCCAUACAUCCCUGAAAAUCGUGAAUAAAUUGGAUGAUCACCAGCAUUUUUAACAAUGGCCAGGAGAGCAAGUAAAAACUGGGCAGACGAGGAGAUCAAAGGUUUGCUGUCCAUUUGGAAAGAUAAGUCCAUUCAGGAUCAGCUGGCCGGAGCAGUGAGGAAUAAAGAUGUGUUCGUGAGGAUCUCCAACAACCUUAACGCCUUAGGGGUCAAUCGGGACUGGAAGCAAUGCCGGGCUAAAGUGAAGAACCUGAAAUACGAAUACAGGACCAUGAUGAGCCAGAGGAAAUCCGGUAGGAGGUGUAAAUCCAUGCGCUUCUACAAUGAAAUUGACGCUGUUCUGGGAUGCCGAUCCCCCCAGGCUAAAGGAUCACAGGACAGAACAGUCCUCAGUGUGGUCAUCAAGCAAGAGGAGAGGGAGGAUAAAUUGGAAAAUGGCCCAGCACAGGCCUCAGCAGCCUCCGAAAAUAUCACAGCAUGCUAUAUCCAACCAGUUGUUGCCCAGAGCAGAGAUGGGGAAGACGAUAAGGUUCUGCCCGAACCACAGUCUGAAGCAGACAGUGUUACAGCAGAAACAGAAGGCCCUGUGGAAGAAGAGGUGGUUAGUACAGCCUCGGAGACCCCUGCUGCAACAAGCAGAAAAAGGACUGAAUCUGAACACGAAUGCACAGUGCCAAACAAGAGGAUGAAGCUGAAGAAAGGAACCAUGUUUCAAAGACACAUUGGCACAAUUAUCAACACCUUUAUGGACUAUCAGAGGAAAGCUGAAGAGAGGUUCUACAAAUGGGAGGAAGAGAGGCGAAGAGAGGAGCGUGAGCAUGAGCUGCGGAUUAUCCAACUAUUGCUCGAUCAUUCCAGAUCCUCAAUGAUUCAGACACCUCAGACACCCGAUUACAUGAGAUCACUGCACAGCCAGAACACCAAUGUGUUCACCCCUCCUCCCUCAAACAAUUAACAUUCAGGAUCUUUUUUUGAUAAUUUUAAAUUAUUUGCUGUUGAUGGUGCACUGUUGUAACAGCAUUGUUAGUCAGGACCAAUUAAGUUGCCAUUUCCUAGAUUUGCUCCCUUAUUGCCAGCUCUUAUGCAUCCAAGUCUUAACAGGAAGAUGAAGUGAAAGGAUGGUGACAGUGUUUAUGAAAGAAAAUUUCCCCAGUAAUUGCACUAUACACCAACUAAAACAAGCCAAGUAGGUCCCAGAUUCUAUCGACAGGUGAUGCUACAUUAAGUGACCUCAAUAUUGGUGAUGUUAGAAUUGACUUAUCCAAGCUUUGUGUGAGCAUCUGUGUGUAUGUAUGUGUGUGCAUAUUUGGGUUUAGCUGGUGAAGUCCCCUUCCCACAUUCAAAAGGUUUACUGUCGCGACUUGGUAUCUCGGCUCAACAGGACUGGAAGCUGUUUCCACCUGGAAUUGUAUCCCAGCGAAUCAUCACAGGAAAAAAUAUUAAUUGUAGAAAAAAACAAUGGAAAGGUAAGUUGAUAGCAUCUAAAAAAGGAUACAUUUUGGGAUGGGACUAUUCCUCGGAAUAUGCUCUCACUUUAAAAUGUUAACCCGACUUCUCAAAUGCAGAUGCACAUUCAACACUUUCACCAUUAAUUUUAAAAGUUCAUGUUUAGUUGCUAUUUGAGUCAGUGAAGCUGUGAUUUUAAAAUGUAUUGGGGAACCGGGAUAGUUUCCUGAACUGCAAAGGAUGAUGAGGGGCACUAUGUUACAGGAUUAAUCGAUGUCCUAUAUAAAUUAUCAAAUUUUCUUUGCUCUGUGAGAAUACUUUCUUACUGGGACAUGAUGAGAGCUUCAAGUGAGAGCAAUCUAAUAUCUCAGCGAGUACCUAUACCUUGUGCUGUGUUACUGAGCCAGUCAGAAAAGCCACAGAGCAGCAAUAUUUCAGUUUGAUUUCUUGUCAAUACUGAAUUCAUCUUUGGUCAUUGUGGGUCAAUUUGCCUCUUUAUGGAGGAAAGAUCAUUCCAUUGAUAACCUGAUUAUUAUCGAGAUGCAAAAUAUGUAUGGCUCGGGUGAGAAGAGGUUUAGCUCUGUUGGUAUCAUAGUUGAAUCCCUUGCCUUUACAAGUUAGUCCAGUUAUUUAGGUGCAGAACUAUACUGGCACCAUAGAACCAUCCCCCAGCAAGAAUUAGAUGAUGGAGGAAAACUAAAACAAGAGAAGUAUUUUCAAAAAUAUUAUUUUUCUUUAAUACUGACUAAAUUAAAUAGUUUACCGUAUAAUAAUGGCAAAUCUUAAACCUUGUCUGCAAAAGCUGGUGGUGGAUGAAAAGCAUCAUGGGUAGUUAAUAUCAGUGAACCUCUCUUUCUUAUUUUGGGAUCAAGCAAUUGGUUUUACAUGGAGACAUUCCCUCAUGUUAUGAAGACCAUUAUGUUUUCAGCAAACAACUUCUGGAGUCUUUAAAAAGCAUUUAUCAUCACACAUUAUGAAGCAGUAACUGUCCUAAUAAUGCAUUGCAAGAUCUAACCUUGUAGUAAUGCACGUCAUUUGAUGCUGUAUCAGUGAGUUCUUUCAUCAAAAUGCUUUUAUCACACAUAUUUUCCUGUCACUCAAGUAAAGAAAACAGCAAAACCAACGUCAUAUGUUUUAUUAAAAAAUGAGUCAAAUGUUUGUUCUAUGUGAGCUAAUGCAUCUGAUUGUUGAUGGAUUUGUUGAUAGCCACUCUCCUUGUUUACUCAGCACUGAUUUGUUUAAAUAUACUUAAAUAAUAUUAAUCUUUGCAUUUAUUAAAUUGUCAUAUUUAACAAUGUCAGUGAAAGGGAAACAAUUCAGGAAAAGCCCUACAUCCUACUAAUAACAGUAAAACAAAGCUUAUUAAAUUUUUGAAAGUAUUGGAUGAGGGAGGAAUGUUAACCGGAACUCCAAUUUCUUUGUGUUUCUGAACAGACUGGCAGGUCCUUGUAUUUACAUCUCAGAAAGCACCUCCAAUAAUGCAACAUUAGAGGAUUGCACAGAUUAUGCACACUAGAUGUAGUGGAAUUGAAUUCAUAAGGUGCCAGAAUCUUUGUUUAGCUUCCUAAAUAAACCUGUACAUGUGAAAUUGAUUC